AUGAACCCCUUCCACCGACCAUCACAGACAGCAGCCACCUGGCGCAAGGUCGGCCUCACAUCCGACUUCCCGGACGUCGACUCCGAGGAUGCCAAGUCGCGGAUCAAAGCCAGCUGCAAGGCAUUCCAUGUCCCCACCACGGCCACCACGGCCACCACGGACGAGUGCCCGUCCGACACCCCCGUCGAGGCGGACCUGGACAUGCCGGGCAACAUCAACGAGCAGGUCCUCGUCUUUCGGUAUAAGGGCAAAUUCCACGCCAUUGAUCAUCAAUGCCCUCACGCCCUAUAUCCACUAUCCUGGGGCAGCGUCUUUGAUAUCGAGGAUUUCGGUGUCACUCUCAGCGCGGGCAUCAACUGUCCCAAGCACGGGUGGUCGUUCGAUCUGUUCUCAGGGCAGGCAGACCGUGGCAACUACAAGUUGAAGGUUUGGGAGGUGCAAUUGCGGGAUCCCCCGGCAUCGGAGGAGGGGGCCGCGGGGCCUGCCGAGCAGGAGGUUUGGGUGAGGCGAAAGCAGCGGAUUGGCUAG